UGGCUUCACUAUCCUUAAUGCCACUGCCCAACAGUUUCAAUCAUGGAGAUCUCUAACCUAAGUGUUUUGCUUGUGUUUCAGCUGACACUGUCAUAUUGGGUUAUACGUGGAGAAUCUGCAGCCAUACCACCGGGUUGCUUUUCUAAAAUCUUUGCCUUUGGUGACUCUCUCACUGAUACUGGCAACACCAGAUCUGGAGUUGGACCCAGUAGUUUUCAAGGAGUUUCACACCUCCCUUAUGGACAAACAUACUUUCACAGGCCUACUAAUCGUUACUCAGAUGGACGCCUUGUCAUUGAUUUUGUAGCUCAAGCUCUUGGGCUCCCCUUUCUUCAACCAUACACCCAUGAACAAGGAGAUUUUUCCCAUGGUGUUAACUUUGCUGUGGCUGGAUCAACUGCCAUAGAUCAUGACUUCUAUACACGGAUGAAUAUCACUUUCGACCAGACUCCCCAAUCUCUGGGAACUCAACUUCAAUGGUACAAAAGUUUCAUGGAUAAAACAUGCAAGAAUGCCAACACAGACUGCAAAAAUAAUUCUUCUGCUGGAGCCCUAUACUGGGUUGGGGAAAUUGGAGCGAAUGAUUAUGCUUAUAUUACUGGCUCUGACAUUUCCAGUGACACAAUUAGGACACUCGCUGUUACCAAAACUCUGCAGGUUUUGGAGACAUUAAUUCAAGGAGGAGCAUCAUAUAUGGUAGUAGAAGGAUUGCCUCUCACAGGUUGCCUGUCAAUGGCAAUGACUUUAGGUUCUACUGAAGAUCGAGAUCAACGUGGAUGUAUUAAAAGUGUGAAUGAACAAGCUCAGUCACAUAAUGCAUUGUUACAACAAGGCUUGGAAGGACUAAGGAGCAAACAUCCCAACACUGCAAUUGUGUAUGCAGAUUAUACUAGUGCACACAACAAGGUCCUCUUGAACCCGACUCAAUAUGGAUUUGAUAAUACAAAGAAAGCUUGCUGUGGAGCUGGUGGAGGUACUUAUAAUUUUGAUAUUUUUGCUACUUGUGGGGAAGCUGACCCAAGUCCUAUUAGUGGUGAGAAAGCAACAUCCUGUGCAGAUCCAAGCAAAUACAUAAAUUGGGAUGGCAUCCAUUUUACAGAGGCCUUGAAUGAAUUGGUUGCCAAUAUGUUUUUGCAAGGAGAAAACACUAACCCUCCUUUUAGUGCAUUAUUAUCUAAGAAGAAAUGCUAAUCGUGUCUGAAGUGAAGUACUAUAUUUGUAUGUUUAGAGUAUUAAAUAUUAUAGUUUGAUUAUAUUGUC